AUGCAGACCCUGGUUAACCCCGAGCCUCUCCUGUUCAGUCAGUCUCUGCCUGUCUCUGAAUCUGUCAGCCUCUGUCUCGCACAGAAGGAGAUGACGAAUGAGUCCUCUGUGGGGCGGGUCAACCACACUGUGGUGACUCAUUUCAUCCUCUUAGGGAUCCCCAACACCGACGGCCUCCAGACCAUCCUCUUCGUCACCUUCUUAGCCUUCUACCUCUGCACCCUGCUGGGCAACCUGCUCAUCUUAUUAGCCAUCCUCCCUGAACCCCAUCUGCACACCCCCAUGUAUUUCUUCCUCUGCAACCUCUCCGUGCUGGACAUCGGUUUUUCCUCCAUCAGCACCCCUAAAUUCCUGGCCAACCUCUGGGUUCAGAGUAGGGUCAUCUCUCUGGGUGGGUGCAUGUCCCAGGUCUUCUUCUACCACUUCCUGGGCAGCACCGAGUGCCUGCUCUACACCGUCAUGGCCUACGACCGGUACGUGGCCAUCUGCCACCCCCUGCGCUACCUGCUCAUCAUGAACCGGAGGGUGUGCGCCCUCCUGGCCGCCGGCACCUGGAUCACCAGCUCCUUCCACGCCACCAUCCUCACCAGCCUGACCUUCACGCUGCCCUACUGCGGGUCCAAUGUGGUGGACUAUUUCUUCUGCGACAUCUUCCCGGUGGUCAAGCUGGCCUGUGCAGACACAUACAUCAUUGAGACUGUGACCUUCACCAACACUGGCAUGGUGCCCACGACCUGCUUCCUCCUCAUCCUCGCGUCCUACGUCAGGAUCGUCUAUUCCGUCCUGAAGAUGAACUCGGCCGAAGGGCGGCGCAAAGCAGCCUCCACUUGCGCCUCGCAUCUGGCGGUGGUGACGCUGUUCUUCGGGCCCUGCACCCUGGUCUACACGCAGCCCCAGCUGAGCAAAGUGCUGGUGACCCCCGUGCAGAUCUUCGGCAACGUGGUCACGCCCGUGCUGAACCCGGCCAUCUACGCGCUGAGAAACAAGGAGGUGAAAGCGGCUCUAAGAAAACUGAGAGGGGGUCAAACGCCUGCACAUUGA